GAGGAACCCUCAAGCCCUGCUUCCUGCUACAGGUGUCGCCAUGCCCCCUCCCGUGCCCAUGGCCCCCUGCCCUCCACGCUAGUCUAAAGAGCACGUGGGUGUCCUUAGCCGACGGUUGGACCUCACCCCGCACGCCCAACCUGACAGCCCCCCUGCAGCAGCACCUCGCAAGAUGUCUCUGGAGUGGCUGGGGGCCUGGGGCUGGUCGCUGGACAGCCUGCGGGACUGCGUGGCCACGGGCAUGCAGUCGGUGCGUGACUGCGACACCAGUGCCGCCGUGACCGUGGGCUGCCUGCUGGUCCUGUUCGUGUGGUAUUGCUACCGUGUGGGGCGAGAGCAGCCAAGGCCCUACGCCACCUCGGUCAGCGCCCUCCUGCAGAGCCCCGAAGUGGGCACGCUGCAGAACGGCUUCGCCUACUGCCAGUCGCCGGCCUGCGUGCGCUGCAGCCCGGGUGAGGGCCUCAACCAGAAGCUCUACCACAACCUGCAGGAGUAUGCCAAGCGCUACUCCUGGUCGGGCAUGGGUCGCAUCCACAAGGGCAUCCGUGAGCAGGGCCGCUACCUCAGCAGCCGGCCGUCCAUCCAGAAGCCCGAGGUCUUCUUCCUGCCCGACCUGCCCACCAGCCCCUACUUCGCCCGGGAUGCCCAGAAGCACGACGUGGAGCUGCUGGAGCGCAACUUCCAGACGGUGCUCUGCGAGUUCGAGGCCCUGUACAAGGCCUUCUCCAACUGCAGCCUGCCGCAGGGCUGGAAGGUGAACAGCACGCCCAGUGGCGAGUGGUUCACCUUCUACUUGGUCAAUCAGGGCGUGUGUGUGCCCCGGAACUGCCGCAAGUGCCCCACGACGUACCGCUUGCUCAGCAGCCUGCGGACCUGUAUCGGGAACAAUGUCUUCGGCAACGCCUGCAUCUCGGUGCUGAGCCCCGGGACCGUGAUCACGGAGCACUAUGGCCCCACCAACAUCCGCAUCCGCUGCCACUUAGGCCUGAAAACACCGAGCGGCUGUGAGCUGGUGGUGGGGGGUGAGCCUCAGUGCUGGGCUGAGGGCCGCUGCCUGCUCUUUGAUGAUUCGUUCCUGCACACAGCAUUCCAUGAAGGUUCUGCGGAGGAGGGCCCACGCGUGGUCUUCAUGGUGGACCUGUGGCACCCCAACGUGGCCGCGGCUGAGCGGCAGGCCCUGGACUUCAUCUUUGCCCCAGGACGAUGAGCUCGCCUGCAGCAGAGUCGGGGAGUUGGGGUGCAGGGCCAAGGCCCAGCCAGACAGACAGUGCGGGAUAGCGCGCGUGGUUCUGCCUCCACGGGCGGGUGGGCAGCUCGGCAGUGGCAGCGGGAUUUUGUGUUUUUAUUUUUAUAUUUUGGUAACGAUCGCCUUGGCCUCCCUCUUUUCUCUGGUGAUUGUCCACGGAGAACUGGCCGCUUCCAUUUUCCCGGCCUUUCCGUUUCGUACUUUGGCACACCACCACGUCCAGGGGUGUCACCCGCUCAGCUGUGCCUCAGUUUUCCUCACACACACACACACACACACACACCCCUCUGCGCUCUGAAUUAGCACCCCCCAGUGGUCUCCUGUGUGGACCUCUGGUAGUAGUGAUAUGAAACCUGUCAUGGUCUUUGUGGUCCUAGGAAACGAACCAAACCCCAUGGGCCAGAAGGCAGGAGCCUGUGUUUCCUCCUGCCCACCUCCUGGUUGGGGAUGCCUCUGUGCCCCAGCUGGCAAGCCCCUGGGGGCAGAGCACACCCGCCCUCCUGGUUUUCUCUAUGGACACUGCUGGGGCUGGUGGCCCUGCGGCUGGGAGGGGUUCCCCCAGAUGAGUGCCUCCAGUCAGGCCUGGAAGAUGCCCCUUUGCAGCUGUUUCAGGAGAGUUAGGACCAUCAGGCCGACCAAGAUGCACCCCCCUGUCACGUGCUGCUCCGGAAAGGUUCGUCCUUAGCCCCCGAGUUCUGAGCCAAAUGUCCAUGUCGCCUUGAUGUUCUGGAGCUUGUGAUUUUUUUCCAGUUGUCCCUCUUAUCGCUGUCCAGCUGCUGGGCCCAGAAAGCGAGAGAGUGCACAGUACCCCCUGGCCACUGUGCCAUGUGACAGCUCCCCCAGCAGGGGUGCGAGUGGGGAGGUGCAUCCCCCCCGCACCUCCAGGAUCUACACUACAGCCUCCCUGGUCUCCUGGCAAAGAGCCGGCCAGCAGAUGGGUCGGUUCCAGCAACUGCGUCCUGUUGUGACUGCAUGAAAGCGUCACCUUUGGCCGCACCUCUGAGGCCUUUUCAGAUCCUGUGCCCCAGACUCAGUGGGGUCCGGGAAGCCACGGCAGGCACUCAUCGGUGCCUGGCUGCCUGCCUACAGCAGUCAGGCAUGAGUCCCAUCAGAGUGGGACCUGGUAACAGCCAGCAAGUUAGCCAAGAACAGAGCCUUUGGUGUGGGCGUCCCUCAGCCCCUUCCCAGCGCCCGGGAUGCAGAG